GGGCGCUCCAGUUCCGGAGAGCAGCCAGCCUGAGAACAGCCCUGUCCCUGGGCACCGCGGCUGCAGCUCGGCGGCUCCGGCACUGCCUGCCUCCGCCCUCCUCCCAGAAAAGCCCCUAUGACCUCAUCUCACAGGUGGGACGCAAGGAGGCGCAGCCAGAGUCACCAGGCUGACUUGGACCCCAGACACAGUUCUGUUUUUAAAAGGCUGCUUUCCUGUUCCGGGCCCCAAAUGAGUGACACCGUCCUGGUUGGACCUACGGCACGUGGAGCUGGCUUCAAAUAGGGGCGCGUGGAAGGAAAGCAGAGCCAGGCAGACGUACACGUUUCUAAACCACUGAGUGUGAGCGGAACAGGAGCUAGCUGUGAGCACUCCGCUGGGAAGAGGGGAGGCUGCCCCAAGGAGGAAAAUGAGCCUUCUCAAAGAGCGGAAACCAAAGAAGCCACAUUAUAUCCCAAGGCCUCCAGGGAAGCCCUUCAAGUACAAGUGUUUCCAGUGUCCCUUUACCUGCAAUGAAAAGUCGCAUCUUUUUAACCACAUGAAGUAUGGUCUCUGUAAGAACUCCAUCACUCUGGUAUCAGAGCAAGAUCGUGUUCCCAAGUGCCCUAAAUCUAACUCUCUAGACCCUAAGCAAAGCCAUCAGUCCGACUCAGCCAUGAAGCCCACCUCCUCCAAGUCUGUCACAAACGGUCUGCCCCACCCGGACGCCAAGCUUCCACUCGGCCUCGCCAAGGACGACGUCAAGGAGAACGUGGACCUGCGUGCACACGGGACACACAAGGGCCCCGGACAGAAGCCUGCUGUGCAGCGGGAAGCACUGCACCCCAGCCUGGCCCCCGAGGUCACCACCGGCGCCCCGCCUGCCACUCCAGAAGGCAUCGGGCGGCCCUCGGCAUUCGUUCCUGUGGGAGAGCGCAGACUCAAAGGGCCAGAGCUCGCAGAGGCGCCGGAGACGCUGGCCCUGCCCAGCCCCACCGCCAAGGCCACCGCCUUCCACACCCCCGGCCACCCCUGGAAAGCUGGCUCUCCUUUCCUCCCGCCCGAGUUUCCACACAAAAUCCCACCUAGCAAGGGGUUCGGGGCCCUUUCCCCUUACAUGCACCCUGCCAUCCCAGAGUACCCGCCUCACUUUUACACGGAGCACGGACUGGCCACCAUUUACUCACCCUACCUACUGGCCGGGAACCCACCUGAGUGUGACGCCGCCCUGCUUUCCGUCUAUGGGGCCCAAGACCAGAGACACUUCCUGCCUCACCCCGGGCCAGUGCCCAAGCACGUGAACCCACCGCCCUCGGCCUACGACCAUUACAGGCUGCUCCAGCAGUACCACUCCAACCUGUCACUUCCUUAUGGAUUUUACAGGCCAGAGUCUGCUUUCUCCUCCUACGGCCUCAGGCUCCCACCCAUCGCUGGCCUUUCACACGAUCAGAGCUCUCACCUACUGGACGAAGCCGCCCUAGUCUACCCAGCCUCGAGUCUGUCCAAGUUAAACCCUUCCAGCUCCCACAAAAAACACACAGAGUUUGAGAAGGAGCGUCUGACUCCUGAGGCUGAAGACCCUUCCAAAGACGGGCAGAGGGACACAGACGGGACCAAAAUGAGCCCGCGUGCAGGCAGCGCGGCCACGGGCUCUCCCGGAAGGCCGAGUCCCACCAACUUCACACAGACAAGCCAGCCAUGCGUGGCGCUGUGCAGCCGCUCAGACAAGCCCGCCUCGAGCGUCCUGGGAAGGCUCCCGCAACCUGAGCAGGGCCUCGCGGCCUUCAAGCCCGACAAGAAAAGCCCAGAGCACACACCCCCCCAGGCUCCGGAAAACAGAGACGAGUCUCCGAAAAGCCUCGACGCUGUGGACGCGGGCGCUCCGGCCCAGAUAAGAAGCGCCUCUCGCGACAUGGAGGCCAUGCCUUCCAGCCCAGAGGACGGCUCCAGGAUGGCGCCGCUGAACCUCUCUAGGAAGUCGGAGACCAAGCCGGCAGCCACCUGCGGCCCCGUGUACAGGGACUUCGCAGAGCUGCAGGACGCGCCUCUCAACCUGUCGGUCAGGGACCCCUGCAACGCCCUGACUCCCAGGCCUGCCUUCCACCACCCGCCGGGGGAGGUGGAACACCCUGCCGCUGCUGCUCAGAAGGCUGAGCCAGAAGGUUCUGGAGAUGGGUCAGCCCACACUGACACAAAGCAGAACAGCCCUGGCUCUGAUGAGGCCCCGGUGACGACCCCCACCAGGAAGGCCCAGGACAUACGGGCAGCGGACAGCGGCGACGAGCAGAAGCAGACGGCAGCCGUGGCCCUGUGCCAACUGGCGGCCUACAGCCCUGGGGCCGCGCGCGUGGGUGAUGGGGAGCCCUCGGCCCAGGAGCCCACCUGCCAAGACACAGCUGCUCCCGGAGCCACGGAAAGCCAGGAGGCUCAGAGUGACCUCAGGCCCAAAGGGCAGAAGAGGACCAGCCCGCGGGAAGCAGGCAAGUCCCAGCAGGGAGCUAAGAAGUCGAAGCCGAGCGACACGGCCAGAGUGUUCACGCUCCGGAAACGAACGCGGGUGUCUUAGAGCCACCCGCCAGGCCCAGAGCCGCGGCGCCUUCUAGGGCAGGUCACAGCACCCCAAAUCUGCAAUGGCACCUUCGAUUUUUACAGUGGUUUCUUUUUUCUUACCCCCCCCCCAAAAAAAUGUUGCAAUUCGAUUCACUUUUUUGUAAAUAUUAAGCAUGAAUAUUAACAGGUGCUUCCACUUUGGGCUGUAAAAAUAUUUGAAUGACUUCUAGUCUAAGAUUGAUGAGUUAAACACUGGCUUUUAUUUUUGUAAAAUGUCAAAUGAAAUGCAUAGAACUAAAAGGUAACUUUUAGGUGUAAGUCGUCUCAUACAAAAUCUUUUAAAAAUACUUUUCCUAUAAAUAUCUUAGCCGUGGAACAAAUUGUUGUUUUAACUGUUAUUAAAUCUAUUGUAGAUAAUGAAGUGAAUAACAAUUACUAGAAAUGCCAAGAAAAAACAUUUUCAGCCUAGCGUUAAGUGAUUUGUCAUGACUGAGUAAUAAACAAACAUCAAGAGACUAUUUAUACAAAUAAUUUAUUUCCAUUAGGGAAUAUGUGUUACUGGGGAGCUGUUAUCAACGUGUUCUCUUUUCUUAUGACCUUACAGUGAAUUUUCUGACUCAUUUAGUCUCAUUUUCCACUUCCGAAAAUGAUGUAUAUGUUGUUGAUUUUCCAAUAAACUCAGAGGUGAACUUUAAGGAUCCACAAAAUGGAAACAAAUAUGAACUCUGUGUUAUACUUUAUUUUGCCAUAAAAAACUCAGUGGAAAAAAAGAAUACAGCUGGGGCAAUUAAAACAGAGAAAAAGAGUAUCUUUGUGAGCAUGAGUGACAGCCGCGUGACAGCCCAUGUGUGAAAGUGUGACAGCCUGUGAUGGCGUAUGUGACGGCGUGUGACAGCCCAUGUGACAGCAUGUGUGCGUGACAUCCUGUGAUGGCAUGCGUGACAGCGUGACAGCCCGUGUGACAGUGUGACAUCCUGUGUGACGGCGUGCAUGAUGGCAUGACAGCCCUUUGACAGCGUGCGUGAUGGUGUGUGUGACAGCUCAUGUGACAGCACAUGUGACAGCAUGUAUGAGCGCCAGCACCAGUGGCCAUCAUGUCCGGGCACCUGGUCCCUGGCGACUCCAUGGGGCCCUCAGCCUCCCAGUGUGUGAGGACGAGUUUCUCUGCAUCCUAAAACUGCUGCCUGAGAAAAGCCUGCCAGGCGACCGCAGCUGCCCUUCCCAGUGGCCCCCCCUACCACUUCCAGGGGCACCUCUCACCCAGCGCCCCCCGGGGUGCCAGCCGAGGGCCCAUUGCUGAUGGUGGGAAUCUGCCACUGUCACCAGAAGGCCAGCGUUCCUCGCAGAGCCAUCGGUUGAGAUCAAAGAACGAAACAAAAAGCUGGCCCGGCCCGGCGGCCUGUAGUGGAAUAAGGCUUCUCAGCACUCACAGCUAAAAAGUAAAAACUUAAAUAAAAUAACAUGUCGAUGCAGAACCCCACCUCGGUCCCGGUUCAAGCGCUGCAGUCCAGUACAGCGUCAUGUGCUAUUGUUUUGAAUAGCUUUGUACU